CUCGACUCAGCCCGCUGACUCACUCACCUUGUCCGAUAUGGAGAGCACACCGGACCCGAGUUCAAAACUGACUCGCCACGACGAACCAGAGCUCGACCUCUACACCAUCCCAAUCCAUUCAAGUUGGUUCUCUUGGGACGAAAUCCACGAAAAAGAGAAGAUCUCCCUCAAAGAGUUCUUCGAUGGAAGUUCAAUCUCGAGAACACCGAAGAUAUACAAAGAGUACAGAGACUUCAUCAUCUCUAAGUACAGAGAAGACCCGUCGAGGAGGCUUACCUUCGCGGAGAUUCGUAAAUCACUGGUGGGUGACGUUAGUUUGCUCCACAAGGUCUUUCUCUUCUUGGAGAGGUGGGGGUUGAUCAAUUUCGGUGCACCUGGGGGUGAGGAUUCGGCGGCGGUGGCGGAGGGUGCCGAAAGGCACAGAGUGAGGUCCGAGGAUGGAGCUCCGAAUGGAAUUCGGGUCGUGGCAAUGCCCAAUUCGUUGAAGCCCAUCACAAUGCCGCUGACUUUGGAUGUGAAUGGUGAAGUGGAUGAGAAUGGAUUUAGAUUGCCGCCAUUGGCUUCCUAUUCGGAUGUUUUCUGUGAUUUGACUAAGGAGAAAGGAUUGGUUUGUGGGAACUGCGGGGAUAAUUGUGAUUCCGGACAUUACAACUGCUUGAAGCAGGGGAGUCCUGUAAUUUGUGUGAAAUGCUUCAAGAAUGGAAAUUACGGGGAGAACCGAUCUGUUGAUGAUUUCAAGUUUAAUGAUUGCAAUGAAAACAGAGGCAAUCAAGGAGCUGUUUGGACUGAGGCAGAAACUUUACUUCUUUUGGAAUCAGUUUUAAAGCAUGGAGAUGACUGGGAGCUUGUUGUUCAAAAUGUUCAAACCAAGACAAAACUUGAUUGUAUUUCAAAGCUCAUAGAGCUGCCAUUUGGGGAGCUUAUGUUGGGUUCUUCCCUAGGUAAAUCUAGGGCCAGCAAUGACAAUACAAGCAGUAUCAAACCAGUUCAGACUUCAUUAGAGUCCCAAGAGAAUAUAAAAAAUGGGGGUCAAGGAGAUGAGCAGAUAAAUGAGAGUGAGCAAAAUGGAGAUGCUGAGAACCAAGGCCCUCCUUUGAAGCGAAAAUGCAUUACUUCACUUUCUGAUGCUGGCAUCUCACUGAUGAAACAGGUAGCUGUCAUCUCAACCAUGGUUGGCCCACAUAUAUCAGCUGCUGCGGCUGAUGCUGCUGUUGCAGCACUCUGUGAUGAAAACCCAUGUGUGAAGGAUAUUUUUGAUGGUGCAGAGGAUAAUGUAACAGAAGAGUUAGGCUCCCCCAUUCGGAAUAACGAGCUGGAGAGAUCACUUAUGGUUGAAGAUUCAGAGAUAAAUGAAAGGCCCACUCUAUCAGAAAUGCAGAAGACAUCCUCUGAGAAGAAUGCCAUACCUCUACCUUUGCAAAUGAGGGCUGCAAUUGCAACAGCCCUUGGAGCAGCUGCUGCGAAUGCCAAAUCAUUGGCAGAUCAGGAGCACAGAGAGAUAGAACAUUUAGUGGCAACCAUAAUUGAAACACAGAUGAAGAAACUUCACUGCAAAAUCCAGCAUUUUGAAGACUUGGAGCUGAUAAUGGAGAAGGAAUACACCCACUUAAAGGAACUGAAAGAGUCUAUCAUAGCAGAGCGGAUUGAUAUCUUGCAAAGGGUAUUUAAUGCUGGAAUAUCUAGAUGGAGGGAUCCUAUUUCUGUAAAAUCUCAUACUGGCUCCCCCAUACUGGUAUGCGACCUUACUGAUGCUCGCUGAUCAGACAGAUUUUAGGCCCAGGUGAAGAUAUGGUCAUUUUGGGUGUCCUGAAACUGCUGUUGACUUUGAAGACAUUGCCGAGCCGUUUCUUGAUCAUUGAGAGGCGUUUUGGGUCUUCUAUAGCACACCCGGUUGCCUGGUCUGU